AUGCCAAAAAAAACUUAUUCGGCCAGCUAUCAUUUGCUCAAAAGUGACCCAGAACUAAACGAACCUCCAGCAUCGAUAGCAGAAGAUGAAUUAGCAGCAGACGACGAUGAAGGCACAAAAAAAUCUCCUUUGUGGAAGGCGUUAAUAAACUUAAUGGGCGAAAUCGAGGGUACGAGUAUUGUCGCCUUACCAUAUGUGAUAUCUCAGAGUGGACUAGUGGCGGUAGCAGCAUUGGUUUUCAUUCCAUUUCUGGGCUUCUAUACUGGAGCAAUAUUGAUUGACUGUCUUUACGACGAAAACGAUGCUGGAGAGAGAGUUCGUAUCAGAUCCAACUACAAACAACUGGGUGAAGCGUGCUUCACUCGUUUUGGUGGUACCAUAGCCCACACAGUCCAGUUACUCGAUCUUUUUCUUUCCGCCUCUCUGUACCUUGUAUUGUGUGCUUCACUUGCUAAUGGUAUUUUUCCAGAUUUACCGCUGUCCGACAAAUUAAGUAUGUUUAUUACAGCCACUGUAGUUCUUCCAACAUUAUUUUUGAAGAAUUUCUCUCGAGUCGCAUGGUUGAGUUUGAUUAGUGUGAUAGCUAUAUUUAUAGCUGUAGUUGCUGUUUUAGUCUACGGAAUAGCCCAUCAUUCAUCAUGGAACCCAGGAAGAAUCUUGGUGUGGGAUAUAGAGGGUGCACCUGUUUCAUUGGCAAUUAUCUCGUAUAUGUAUCUCUGUCACACUACUUUGCCUGGCCUUGAGGCAAGUAUGAAAGACAAGUCGCAAUAUCGCACAAUGCUCGGACUCACAUGCUUGUUCGCUGCCAUUAUUAAGGUGACUUUUUCAGUGUUAACCUUUUUCUCCUUCAGCUCUAACAUCGAAGAAGUAAUCUCUAAUAGCCUUCCCAUGGGAGUUCUUCGCAUCCUUGUCAACGCUUUUUUUAAUUUUGAACGUAGUUUUUUCAUAUCCUUUUCUGGUUAUUACUAUCAUACAAAUAAUCGAAGAUUCAGUGUCCUUAGAUUGUUUUUCAUUCAAAAUACCUCGUAUUGUUUGGUUUAUUGGCAUUCGAGUUGCAACUAA